AUGUCGGGGAUCUCUUCUCUUAAGUCCUUUCUUAAUUCUCACUUUCAAACAAAAGAUCUGGGCCCGUUAAAGUACUUUCUCGGAAUUGAGGUCUUGAGAAAUAAGAAAGGAAUCUUAUUGACUCAAAGGAAGUAUGUUCUUGAUCUGUUGAAGGAAACUGCAAAGUUAGGGGCUGCGCCAAACAGUUUUCCUAUGAUUUAUAAUUCACUCCUUGAUGCUGAUGGAAGCAUACCAUCUGAGAAUCCCAUUGAUACUGCUAAGAGCAAGCCGUUUGAGAACCCGGAGAGGUAUCGAAGAUUGAUUGGAAAACUGAAUUAUCUUACUGUGACCCGACCUGAUAUCACCUAUCCAGUCAGUGUACUUAGCUAG